UGUUUCUCUGAUGACGUAGCUCCGGACAUGUUAGAAGUCGUCUAUUUCACGUAUGUGAUGAAAGGAGUAUUAUUAAACGGCAUUAUUGACACUUUUAGAAGCAAAGUUAAAGAAGCGUCCUAUAAGGAGAUGAAUAAUAUUAUCAGUACUGGAAUUACUGAAAUAGCCGAGAUUGUGGCAGACGAAGUUAUGACUAAAGAUGACAUUAUUUGUAUGUUAGGAAUACGUGAUUUAGGCACAACAUUCUCAAGUGCCGCGAAGACUUCACUGCUGGCAGUGUUCCGUGAAGUGUUCGGCUUAGAAUGCAUACAUAAAAUUGCAAAAAGCAUUCCAGAAAACGAGAAGGAAGAACCCUUAAAAGUUGCAGGGCGACUCAUCACCGGAAUUGACGUGGAUGUGGUAACUGAUAUAGUUAUUUUCGGAUUUAUGCAAGUCGUUAAAAACUCUCACGAGACAAGGAUGAAAUUGCUACAAACAUUGGCCAAAGCACGGAAGCGACAGUUGCUGAGCUUACAGCACGCGAUUAUGGUGGGAGCAUUAUUGUUACCUCGAGUUGCUGACAUAGAAAUUGGUAUGAAGUCGAUAGAGUUUGACAUGGAAAAUAACAGACUGCGGCUUGGGCAAGAAUUAUGCAGUGGGCGACAUAGCAGGCUGUAUGAUUACACCGGUGGGUGGCAUAUUCCGACGGACAACCCCGGUGGGUAUAUAAUUAGGGUAAUGAAGCGAGAAAGUGGGCCAGCAUGGAACGAUACUGUAGUGAGCCUAUACCAUAACUCAUCGCUCAAACAAAACGACAGUUUACUUGCUGUAGUUGGUUGGUGGAUGCCAGACGCCGACACACUAUAUAUUUUAAUGCCGAAGAUGGAGCAAAGUUUGGACAAAACAGAGUUGUCGCCUGAACAAAUAGUUCAAGUAGUCUUGGAUAUAGCGAAGGGGGUACACGCAAUUCACGAUAGUGGCUUCUCAUAUAACAAUCUUAAAGCGAAGAAUAUAUUG